UUGAUGGCGGGGAAAUGUGUAGAUACUGACAGGUAGGGUUCGGGGAUGGCCAGUACUACACUGCUGGUGGUAGUGACCGCAUUGGCAGUAUACAGACAACAGGUACCGUCGCAUCCCUUACCUGUGGACCACUGAAGGGAAUAAUUACCAGCCGUAAAAUGUAACAAGACUGUUUGUCGAGAUAGGGAGCCUAACCACAAGGAAACCGUUCGGUUUCUCAUAACACAGAGUGAUAAUACACAACUUAAACUCACCACAAGGAUGUCUUCUACGGACGAAGCGGACAAAAAAGAAUCUACGUUAAUGCCGAAAAUGAAUGUUCCAGAUAUUAAAAUAGACACAGCUGGGGAGUCGGAAAAUAAAACGGAGUCAGAACCAGAUAGAUUUAACGUAUCGCAGGUAAAAGAGAGGAAAGUUUCAGGAAAAGAGCCAAGUUUGACGGGAUUAUCCGAGGAUGGUUCUGACCGUGCGGGACCCGAUGACACCGGGAGGGUACGGAAAGUAUCCAUCAUGGUUGGACCUGAGGGUGCGCCGAUUCGGCACUACAUUCCUGCCCGGAAAAUAUCCUCCUCGGAGCACCAUUUCCUCACUCCUUACUCCCGGGGCACUCCACCCUGUCGGAAAUCCUCUAUGGACGCGUUCUUCGUACAGCAGCACCAGCGUAUGUCUGUGGUGUCGGUUAUGAGUUCGAACCAGGAUACGUUCGAGGCACUUCCACACGUUGACCAUUAUCGAGACCUGUUCUCGGUAUUUCCGAACGACGAUGUCCGCCAAAGACCCACCUUAGACGAACUCAGGGACGAGGAGCCGUCGAGCCCAAGGACCCCUACAACACCAUCGGUCAAGGAAGGUCUGUUCACCGACGAACUUCAGGAUGUUGAGGACGGACCCAAACCAUCGCCUAAAUCGUCUGUGACGUCAGGAGCUCUCAAAUUUGGCUGGAUACAGGGCGUCUUGGUACGAUGUCUGCUGAACAUCUUUGGAGUGAUGCUGUUCCUGCGGCUGACCUGGGUGACUGGACAAGCGGGGAUAGGUCUAGCGUCUGUCGUGGUCCUUUUGUCUGCUUUCGUCACUAUCAUCACAACAACCUCCAUGUCUGCCAUCUGUACCAAUGGCGAGGUCAAGGGAGGAGGUGCGUACUACAUGAUAUCCCGGAGCCUCGGUCCCGAGUUCGGGGGAUCUAUUGGAGUUGUCUUCUCUCUUGCCAACGCCAUCGCAGCAGCCAUGUACAUCGUGGGGUUCGCGGAGACAGUUCAGUCUCUUAUGAUGGAGUUUGAUACGACAAUAACCGGAGAUAGGAUGCAUGACGUCAGAAUUAUCGGUUGUGCUACAUCAUUUCUGCUGGUGGGGAUCGUCAUCAUUGGCAUGGAGUGGGAGGCCAAGGCACAGUUGGGUCUACUUGUCAUCCUGAUUGUCGCAAUUAUCAACUUCAUCGUGGGUACUUUCAUCCCCCCGACAGAGGAGAAACAAUGGAAGGGUGUCGUUGGAUACAGUGCUGAUGUAUUUAAGGAAAAUUUUGGCCCCGCCUUUCGUGAUGGUAACAGUUUCUUCACAGUCUUUUCCAUCUUCUUUCCUGCUGCUACUGGUAUAUUGGCAGGUGCUAAUAUAUCUGGCGACUUGAAGAACCCCCAGAGUGCUAUACCCAAGGGAACAUUCCUAGCCAUCUUCCUCACCUCCCUGGUGUAUCUAGGCAUGCUGUGGUGCGCCGGGACAUGUAUACUCCGGGACGCCGUAGGACCAAUUGUCAUGGAAAUGGUGGCCAAUGUUACAAACAACUUUACCGUCAUCCCAAAUCAAGCCUUGUCACCCACCGUCGACGUCGUCCAGCAGUGCGAUAUGUUCAAUAAAACGUGCGAGUACGGACUAAUGAAUGACAACGGGGCUGUUGGUGUUGCCUCUGCAUUUAGGCCUUUGAUUCUGGCUGGUAUAUUUUCUGCAACACUCUCUUCCGCUCUGGCAAGUUUGGUGGGUGCUCCAAAAGUAUUUCAGGCCCUUGGAAAGGACAAGUUGUUUCCUUUUAUUGAAUUCUUUGCCAAAGGUUACGGCCGCAGCGGUGAGCCGAGGCGCGGCUAUUUGCUUGCCUUUUUCAUCUGUCUGGCAAUGACGUGCAUUGGGGCUCUGGAUCUCAUCGCGCCUAUCAUAUCCAACUUCUUCCUGAUGGCCUAUGCUUUGAUUAACUAUUCCUGCUUCGAUGCUUCCAUAGCUGGCUCACCAGGAUUUCGUCCCGCAUUUCGGUUCUACAACAAGUGGGCAAGUCUUCUAGGAGCUCUGAUAUGUCUGGCUGUGAUGUUCCUUAUCAACUGGUGGUCAGCUUUGAUCACCUUCGUCUUUGUGUGUACUCUGUACAUGUAUGUCAAAGUCAAGAAACCAGAUGUUAACUGGGGAUCCUCAACACAAGCUCACGUAUACAGAGAAGCACUAAAAUCCAGUAUGAAACUCAUCAAGAUAGAUGAGCAUGUCAAAAACUUCAGACCUCAGGUGUUGGUGCUCUCGGGAUAUCCUCGAAACCGACCACAGUUGAUCGACUUCGUAGCAUGUCUCACCAAGAGGCAGAGUCUGCUUAUGUGUGGUCAUAUAUUCAGGGGAGAGAUGUCUGACCAUGUAAAGAAUCUAAGAUCGAAUGCUGCCUAUAAAUGGUUUGAAAGACGGGGCAUCAAGGCUUUCUACAACAGUGUUGUAACUCCGACACUAAGAAUAGGCGCACAGGUGUUAAUGCAGGCUGUUGGAAUAGGCAAACUUCGGCCCAAUACUAUUAUCAUGGGUUACAAAUCUGACUGGCAAAAGUCGGACGGAUACGAGGUGGACGACUACUAUAAUAUUAUACAGGAUGCGUUUGAUUUGAACUACGGCGUGGGAAUCCUGCGUAUACCCGAGGGACUGGACCUUAACAAGGUGCCGGACGAAUGUGUCGGACUUGAUGAUGACAUCGAAUCUGAGGACGAGGACGUAGAACAAGACACUCCAUAUGAUAUAGAUUCUCAAAAGUCCCCGACUUUAUCAUCAGACAAUAGUGAUGUUCCCGGAGAAGGAAGCAAAGCGGAAAAAUCCUACAAAUUCACGAAUAGCAAGCCGAAAAUCACUCCACCAAAAAAUCACGUGGUUCUGCAAAGGCUUAACACUGUUGAGGAGGGAUCAGAGGAUAAUAAGGCUUAUGAGGGAGAUCAGGAUACGCACUUUGGUGGUGAUGAUGAUGAGGAGGAAGAUGGAGCAACUCCAAAACAUACCACUCUGUUAUCUACUUUGUCAUCCGACUCUAAUUCGGGACGGUUUCGAGAGAAGCAAUACGGCACUAUUGACGUGUGGUGGCUUUAUGACGACGGAGGUUUAACGUUAUUGAUACCCUACAUUCUUUCUACACGGAGAAUAUGGAAAGACUGCAAGCUGAGAGUGUUCUGUGCUGGUACUAAACGUUCCAAUCCAAGCGAGGACCAAAUGAGAAUGGCCUCUCUCCUGGCGAAGUUCCGAAUAGAAUAUUCUCAGCUGACAGUUAUUCCAGAUUUAUGGAAAAAGCCGUCCCUGAACAUGUACAAAGAAUUUGAAAGUACAAUCCGUAAAUGGCGGUUACGUGGUGGAGAGUACCCGGACGAGUUUCCAUGGAAAGUUAGCGACAGUGAUCUUGUUUCAAACAAAGCCAAGAUAUACCGCAACAUCCGCCUACGUGAGCAGCUACUCAUUCAUUCAACAGAAGCAUCGCUCAUCGUAAUGACGCUACCUGUCCCAAGGAAAAAUUUCUGUCCAGCAGGACUCUACAUGGGAUGGCUGGAAACACUCACACGUGACAUGCCUCCUAUGUUGUUACUUCGGGGAAACCAGCAAAGUGUGUUAACGUACUACUCGUGAAUAUGUUUAGAGCUAUGGCGGGCAGACAAGAGAGCACAUUCUCUUGUUUGGGUAGGGAAAGUAUACCCUACCUACUGGAAGACGUACAGCUCCAGCAGACUUCAAUAAUUUGUCGAAGACAGUGUUGUUCACUGAAGAGUUACCAGUAUGCAUACCUUUGCUAUACAUUCAUUAUUUGUCAACAUGAAGUGCUGACGUAUUUUUCAUAUAUUCAUGUCCUGUUAUAACAUGCUAUUUGUUACCACAAGUUCUGACGUAAUAGGUUUUUAUUAUCUUGAAAUAUGUAAUGUAAUGAAAAAAUCUGAAUAGAUUAGAAUAAAAACGACGGAUGAUCAAAGAUAGUUUGAAUAGCAAACAACAUACAUCAAACAUAAGCGAUAUAACGGAUGACCUAACGGAGGUUUUGGUUUUCCUAAAUCACUAUUUUGUUAUGUAUACUUAAUAGUUCGUACAUGCAUAAUGGAUAUGUUACAUACGUAAUGAGAUAUUGGAUUACAAUGGUAUACAAUAUGUAUCAAUGAUUUAUCUGUAGAAAGGAGGAAAUAGUGUGAAUUAAUUGUGGACAUUCUGUUUAAGUUCUUUAUAGUGUAACACUAUUGUAUUGUAAAUACUUAUACGCUGUAAAUGUAUCAUAAGGAUAACUUCCUGUCAUUGUUCAAUUUAUACAUAUGAUAUAUACAAUACAUCUAUCUUAAACCUGUGUUGAUCACGUAGGUUAUUUAGGACACAGAGGGAACCGCUCGAUUUAAAAAAAAUGAAUCGGUGUAUGUUCGAGGCCUAAUGCUGUUCGAGACUGCUGUACGGACAGAAACCAGUUGUUUUGAUGACGUAUAUGAUGUAAAUAUUUAUACAUUUUAUAUCACUUUUUAUACAUGCUAUAUACAUACUGUAUAUUUGGUUUCUUUAAAUAUUAAAAUAUGUUUAAAUAUGAA